GCGUCUCCGGUCUCCUUCCGGGUGAGGUGGGUGUCCCUUGGGCCGCCGCCCACCCUGCCUGGCGUUCAGUGAGUCACCUGCUUUAUUAUAAAAACGGACCUCUCUGUCCAGGAACAUCCCUAAUGAGGUACGGAAGGCACUUACUACCCAGACACAGACAUUCCGCUGCUGUGAGAACCGCAGACGGAAGUUUUCUCUGCCUCCUGGAAACGAAGCCAAGCUUUCUCCUCUCGGAAGCCAUGAGGAUUGCUGUCUUCCUCUGUACCAUUCUUCUCUCUCUGAGCCAAGUUCCACCAGCCCGGGGCAAAUUCAAGGAGCUCUGUGAGCGUCCAAAUGGCUCCUGCCAAGUAUUCUGCCUCGAAACAGAAGUCCAGGCUGGGAGAUGUCUAAGCGGCCAGCCGUGCUGCCUGCCCAUGGGACACCAAUCACGGAUCGACCCGACGAUACCCCCUCAGGACUGAGGCCUUUCAAAGGGUUUUGCUUGUUGGGAUGUUUCAUUCUCUGGUUCUCCAUCUCCAUCUCCCACUGUCUUGUCUUUCACAGGGAUUCUUGCUGAGUCCUCAAUAAAUAAUAAAGAAGCACUCGCAAACACAGA